ACCGCACAAAUCUGCCUGUGUGAACACUCACGGCUCUACCUGGUCAAGAUGAGGUUUGCCGAUUGCCUGUUGGUUCUGGUGUUCCUGCCAUUCCUCUCUGUUGCCAUCGCUAUAGACAUCUGCUCUGCCAAACCCAAGGACCUCUCUCUGGAGCCAUACUGUGUCUAUCGCAGCCCUGAGUUCUCUGACGGACCAUCGCUGGAGGCAGUCCCUAACUUCACCAAUCCCCGAGUAUGGGAACUGUCAAAGGCCAAUGGACGCUUUGGUCUGUCACUGUACAAACAGCUGGCUCUUGGCAGGAGCCCCGAGUCUAACAUCUUCAUGUCCCCCAUCAGCGUCUCCACCGCAUUCGCCAUGACCAAACUCGGAGCUUGCAAUGAAACGCUGAAGCAGAUCAUGAAGGUAUUUGAGUUUGAUACCAUCAAAGAAAAGACAUCGGAUCAGGUCCAUUUCUUCUUUGCCAAACUCAACUGCCGUCUGUACAGAAAGAAGGAUGAAACCACUGAACUAAUAUCUGCCAACCGACUGUUUGGAGACAAAUCAUUAACCUUCAACGAGACAUACCAGAACAUUAGCGAGACAGUGUAUGGAGCCAAACUGCUGCCUCUCAACUUCAAGGAGAACCCAGAGAACGCCCGGGUCACCAUCAAUAACUGGAUUUCCAACAAGACAGAGAACCGAAUACAGGACACGCUGCCAGCUGGGUCCCUGGAUCCCACCACAGUCCUGGUGCUUGUGAACACCAUCUACUUUAAGGGUCAGUGGAAGCACAAGUUUGAUAAAGACCAGGUGUUCAACACAGACUUCCAUGUCAGUGAGAGUCGCACCUGCUCCGUCAACAUGAUGUACCAGCAGACCAAGUUCAGGUACAAGUAUUUCCCUGAUGAUCAUGUGCAGCUGCUGGAGAUGCCAUAUCGUGGAGACGACAUCACCAUGGUGAUCAUCCUGCCAAGCAGAGACACCACACUCAGUCAGGUGGAGGAGACUCUGGACCUGGCAAAACUGAACAGUUGGUUGGAUCAGAUGAAGGAAACAACUGUCUCUGUUGAGGUCCCUCGCUUUAAGGUGGAGCACAGCUUCAGCUUGAAGGAGAAGCUUAAGGAAAUGGGAUUGACUGACCUGUUCAGCUCUGACAAGGCCAGCCUGCCAGGGAUGCUGGAGGAUAGCAACUUUGGCCUCUACAUCUCAGAUGCCUUCCAUAAAGCUUUCCUGGAGGUGAAUGAGGAGGGCAGUGAGGCGGCAGCAGCCACCGCUGUGGUGGCCGUUGGACGCUCCUUCAAUCCGUACAGGGAGGUUUUUACAGCCGACCGGCCGUUUCUGCUGCUCAUCAGAGAGUCCAUCAUCAACACACUGCUAUUCACCGGCCGUGUGGCUGAUCCCUGCAACCAAUAAAACCCUACACAUGAAGCGAUCACUGCUUUGUUAAAAGCCGCAAAUCGUAAAAAUAUAGUAAUAAAUAUUUCAAAAUGUAAAUAUACUGCAUAACAAUUCGGCACUGUGCUGUAUGAUGUGGAGCUAAUGCAAAC